CGGCAGCCUCCCCGCCCCCCGGCCUGGCACAGGAGAAGGUAUAGAAGAACGGAACGCCGCGCGGCUCAGUAUUGUUCGGAGCACAGUGCCCGCGAAGCAUGGUGACAGUACCCGGAUCAGACAUGGAGGUCGGGGAACCGCAGUUCAAUAUUCUGCUGGCCACCGACUCGUACAAGGUUACUCACUAUAAACAGUAUCCUCCAAACACAACCAAAGUAUAUUCCUACUUUGAGUGUCGGGAAAAGAAAACCGAAGAAUCUAAAUUUAGGAAGGUGAAAUAUGAUGAAACGGUCUUUUAUGGAUUGCAGUAUAUUCUAAAGAAAUAUUUGAAAGGAAAGGUUGUGACCAAAGAGAAAAUUCAAGAAGCCAAAGAGGUUUAUAGAGAGCAUUUCCAAGAUGAUGUUUUUAACGAGAAAGGAUGGAAUUACAUCCUUGAGAAAUAUGAUGGACAUCUGCCUAUUGAAGUGAAGGCUGUGGCUGAAGGUAGUGUUAUCCCCAGGGGAAAUGUCCUUUUCACAGUAGAAAAUACAGAUCCUGAAUGCUACUGGCUUACAAACUGGAUAGAGACAAUCCUUGUUCAAACAUGGUAUCCCAUCACUGUAGCAACUAACUCAAGAGAACAGAAGAAAAUUCUGGCAAAGUAUUUGCUGGAAACAUCUGGUAGCCUGACAGGACUCGAGUAUAAAUUACAUGACUUUGGCUACAGAGGAGUUUCCUCACAAGAGACUGCUGGGAUUGGAGCAUCAGCUCAUUUGGUGAACUUUAAAGGAACAGAUACUGUAGCUGGUAUUUGUUUAAUAAAGCGAUACUAUGGAACAAAAGACCCAGUUCCAGGCUUUUCUGUGCCAGCUGCUGAACACAGUACAAUCACAGCCUGGGGUAAAGACCAUGAGACGGAUGCAUUUAGGCAUAUUGUGACCCAGUUUUCUUCAGUACCUGUUUCAGUCGUUAGUGACAGUUAUGACAUUUACAAUGCAUGUGAGAAAAUCUGGGGGGAAGAUUUAAGAAGUUUGAUUGUAUCAAGAAGUGCAGAUGCCCCUUUAAUAGUUCGGCCAGAUUCUGGAGAUCCUCUGGACACCGUUUUAAAGGUUCUGGAGAUUUUAGGAAGGAAAUUCCCUGUGCAAGAAAACUCUAGAGGUUACAAGGUCCUGCCUCCUUAUCUUCGUGUAAUACAGGGAGAUGGUGUGGAUAUAAAUACUCUGCAAGAGAUUGUAGAAGGCAUGAAAAAGCAUAAGUGGAGCAUUGAGAAUAUUGCAUUUGGAUCUGGAGGGGCCCUGCUGCAGAAACUGACAAGAGACUUGUUAAACUGUUCAUUUAAAUGUAGCUAUGUGGUGACGAAUGGCCUUGGGGUAAAUGUAUUUAAAGAUCCUGUGGCAGACCCAAACAAAAGAUCAAAGAAAGGGCGAUUAUCUAUUCAUAAAACUGCAAAUUCAUUUGUGACCCUUGAAGAAGGGAAGGGAGAUCUAGAGGAAUAUGGCCCAGAUCUUCUCCACACUGUGUUCAAAAACGGGAAGGUAAUUACAUGUUACUCGUUUGAUGAUGUAAGAAGCAACGCAGGGCUGAAGAACCGAGAGCUGGAAGAAGAGAUUCACUAGAGAUUAUGUCUAUCAUUUGUAUGUAAAUCGUAAACCUGUUUCACUGUACAAAGCUGUGUGUUUGUUUAUUUUUGUGUUGCCAUUUUUAAUACCAAUUUAAUCAACGCUUUUAACUGAAAUCAUUUGUUCUGGAUGCCAAUAUUAGAGCAUUUUGGGGACAUGCACCAAAUGAAGUUUUCAGAUGGGCUUCACAUUCUCCAUAUAUACUAUACAUGCAUACUUUUUAUACAAUGGGAAAACUAAGCUAUAUUUAAUCUUGAUGGUUACAGGUCUGUGCUUGCCUUUGCAAGCACAGAUUUAGAAAAUGCUGCUUGGAAAACUGGUUUAUUGUGUUUUUUCAUUUUAAUCAGAUGGAUCCAAGUCAGAGUGAGAAUGGAAAUUCUUUUAUAUAUUUCUAUCAUCUCAUUUAAAUAUAUUUUAUAAACUAUUCUAACUGUAUCCAGAUGCAAGAUGGGUUUUAUCAUUUGCCUUAUAUCGCUAGCACUAAUUUCCAAGUGUUUCUUAUGAAAGCAAAUUUUGGCCUUUGUGUGGAAAAUAUUAAACAUUCUAUUACUGUAUACUCGGUGUAUAGUAGAACGCUCUUUGCGUCAUGUACAUCACCAAAAGAACAAUGUAUCGGUAGAGGAUAUUGGAUAAGUUACUUCUGUUCAGUGUAGUUCAGGCUUCAUGGAUUUGGCAUUCAGCUACCUGCUACUCGUUGGCAUUGUGAAGUAUUAUACUGUACCAUUUGUCAUAGUGAGUUGUUUUACUGCAAAAGCCAAAGACUAAUUUUCAAUACAAUUGUCAAGUGAAAUGUUAAAUUCUGCUAAACAAUUUGCGUUUUAAAGUGAACAUGUCAGAAUUUGAAAUAUGGUUGUUGCCAUUUUUUGUUUGCAAGUUCUGAGGCCCUUAUUUUUAUUUUGCUUUAUUCUUUGUCUGCUUUGCUUAUUGGAAAAUCAAUUUUGCAGAAAAAGUAUUCAGGUUGUGAGUCUAGAUAGCAAAAUAAGCAUAAAGAUGACUGUUCUGAUGAUUGCACCUUUCUGCACUCUUUCUAGAGGCAGGGCUUUGCUUCUUUCUGCCUCCACUCUCCCAUAUGACUGGUGGGGUAAUGAUCGAGAGGUGGAGAAGGCGUAGGCCCACAGAACAAAUCAAUCAGAAGUAUGGAGCUUUUCGCGUUCAUUCUUUGAACACUUGAAAGGCACUGUUGUGACUACAUUUCAUGUUGCAACCUAUAUAUGGGGUGUAAUGUGGGACAUGGUCGCAUGCUCCAAACAUCCCCCCCCCCUUAUCUGAAUUGUAGGGCGAGUAUCCCUGGAGUAUUCUGUUUUUGAAUUUGGUACGGCUCAAUUCCGAUUUUACCGGCACGAUUGUCAUGUCGGUGCACUUGUUCCAUCUGAAUACCCAUAACAGCAGGUCUGCACCUCCUGUAUGGUUCUGAGAAUGGGAUGUAAACCACAAAGGAACCUGUGCAUUACACCUGCAGUGGACUAUGCUCUGCAGGAUUCAAUGGAAAUGAAUAAAUGCACCCACAUUCAUAAAAUAAAAUCACACAUUAAAUGUUUUGAGGGCACAAAAAGGACUGUCUUGAAAACCCACGUUCACAUCGGGCCGAUUUGGCAUGUGAUUUGCCAUGCCAAAUCGACGCUUAUUGCCAGCAAUGGCAUUGUCCAAAUCGGUGCAGCGCCACACAGAUUCCUAAAAGUAGUUCCUGUACUACUUUUGGCAAAUUCGGGGGUGUUUUUUAAAUGGACAUCUGUGCCGCAACCUGCACAGAUGUCUGGCAAAUCGCCCCUGAAGUCGGACUGCAUUGCCGGUUUAAAGUUGAGUUCAGCUGAACUUGCACGAUUUCUAACCAGCAGCCGGUGUGAACCUCGGCUAACCCUCUUGCUGCCACUGAUGUAAAGCUUAUAUUGGGAGCAGCACAGACUUUUAGCCCUCUAUGUGAUAGCAAUAAAGUUAAGGGGGGAAUUUUUUUUACGUAAAGGUAACACGAGCCAAAGGGGAGGAAGGUAAAGCUCCCGCACGUACAGGCAAAUAUGUACGUAAGAAAACCUCUUCAGGUUUACCCACGUACAAAAACAAUGCUUGUGCUACAGAUGAGGCAUUUUCACACAUCCUGGAGCAAGAGCAUAAUUUCUAUGGCCACCAUACAUAUUUAACUCUACACAGGAUGACUCUUUUAAAGGCUUGGUGUCGCCUUUGGACAAAUUUAUGUACCAAAGUUGGUCACUGUUUCACAGGUGCACGCAAUUUUAGAUAUAACCAAAAAAAAAUAGCGCUCUGUAUUAAUAUGCACAACAAAACCAAUCAAUAACUUAUCAAUGCAGAAGUGUAACAUACUGUAUAUAAAGUGUAGGGUUAUAAAAGUGCAUAUUUUAAGGCUUGAUGUUUUUUGUUAUCUAUUUACACAAAGCAUUUUCUUCCCUUUUUUUUUUUUUUUUCUUCUUUUUUUCUUUUUUUUUUUGUGCUAAUAUAACGCAACAUAAAAAUUGCAACUGCCACAAAUUAUAUUUUACCUGCUUUCAGGAAUUGGGGAGUUUUGACAAAUAUUUGGACCUAAAAUAUGCAUUUUGAAGAGUUGAAUCCAGAAAUUUCACCAGGCAAAAUGACAUUGAAAAAUUUGUUCUUUGGCUCCCCUAAUGCCACAGGAAUCUUCUGGAAUUUGUACAGAAUUUCAACUCUAACCUUUGAAUCUGCAUCUAGUAUAAUGUGUAUGUCGUGUGCAAAUGCAAGUCACCUUAAAAAACUAGUUCUAGUCAUGGGUCCAUAUUCUCAAAAACAGACUUGCAGAGGCUGGUUUAGACUUAUGGGAUCUGUUUGAGAUAUAGAGCUAUAUUAAACAGUACACUUUUCUUCCUUGGAAUAAGCAAUGUUACCUCAAUAGAACUCUUCUCUGAAUAAUUGUUUUCAUUCAACUUGAGAAUAUGGACUUUGGACUUCAGUCAUAAAUAAUGGUAAAUGUUUUUGUGUGUGCUUUUAUUCUAUGUUUUUGGCAAUUUGAUAUACAUUUUUUUUUUUUCUAUUAAAAUAGAUUAUAUUUUUCUUUGUUUAAUUUAAUGGACUUCUUGUAUUUUUCUUCUAAGUGUGAGCGGAAGCGAGCUUCUUCAGUGUCUUUAGAUGCUUGCUGUAGCAUCUAUAGCAAUCAUUUUGGAAGAGGGUAAAUAGAUUUUAUGAAAUUAGGUGAUUGACAGAAACACAGCUCUCUUGUAAGGCGUACAACCAUAUAACCUACUAACUGUGCUAAGUAGUGUGUGUGGUUUUUUUCGUUUAUUUUUUUUGGAUGGUCCACUAAAUUGUCGGUAAAGAUCUUGUUUUCUUGUAAAGUGAGAACUAUUUAUUUGGUGCUGCCACCUUGGGAUGCAGUAAUCUAGGUUCCUAUUUUAAUACCAGUGCUUCCACUGUAAAUUGUAGUAUUGGGUGAGAAUGGCAUUACCUUUCUAAAGCCUAGUACACAGGGACCUAUUGUUGGGCGAAAUCAAUGUACUGCUGCUGAUCCGUCAAGCUGAAAAAGGUCCGCUGACCAGAGUGUUCUGGUGGGAGGCUGCUCUCCUGUCAGAACAGAAUAGCACAGCAGGAGAGAGCGAUGUACUAACAUCGGAUUGUUGUACAGCGGCUCUGACCUGAGCUGUCUUUUUAUUUAUUUUUUUAUUUUUUUUUUCAUUUAAACUGCUGUGUUGAAUGGGGGGGAAAAAAGUGGUGCGUACGAGGCUUAAGCAUCUGGUUAUGUGACUGCAAGCAGCAGGUAAAGGCACAGCUCAACUACAUAGAUGGAAGUGGUUUUACCUUUCAAUGAAUAUUUAUUUCUGUCCAGAGCCCCAAUAGUUGCACAGCUGCUUUACACAACCAAGUGGAUGACAACACUUAAAAUAGAGCGAUCUUCUCUCCACCCUCAGCCUACUAACGGACAGGGAAAAGGCAGCAACAGACUAGUGUGCGCAUCUGAAAGGCUCAUGGCUCCUCCAUUUCAGCGUCUGAGCUCUGCUGUAGAGAGGAUUGCAAAAGACUGCUCUGAAGUCAACUUCAAAUGAUGUUGGAAAAAAAUUUAAUAAAGUAAUAUUUUUAGAUCUGCUGGUAUUUGCAAGGAAAUGGGGAUAGGCACAGUAGGCAAUGGCAUAUUGGGACAAAAUACCACUUUAGAUCAUGACUGCACAUACUGUUAUCUCACUAUAGCUUUCUUCAAACCAAUGCUGUUUCUUAUGAAUUUCAAUCAUAUGAGGGUAAACAUUUUAAAAGGGCAACUCGACGUCUGUAAAAUUGGUAUGAUUUGUUAAUGCACAAAUCAUUUUGUAAUUUUAGUGUUCAUGUCUCCCGUCCUGGCUCUGCCCCAGCUGUUCCUGUUUAAAAACCGACAAGCAAUAUUAAAGUGACUUUCUUGUCUAGAGGCGUUCUCUAAACAGUUGGUGCACCAACAGUCUGUCACCUUAACGUAAUUUUACGAUUCCAGUCUGCAGCUAGAUAUCAUUUCCUAGAAUUGCUAAACAACUCAUAUGUCACAUAUAUUUGUAUACGAAGUACAAUGUCUUAAUCAUGCAAUUUGUAAUAAGGAAAAAUACUGGGAAAAACAGUUCAACACUGGGAACUGACCAUGUGACUGUAACAGGCAUACCUCCCUCAUUAUGACCCAGGGGAUCUAAAUCCAAUGUAAUGUGAGUUUCUACUAAGUGGGAGUCUACAGUGAGGUUUGAUCAAAUCCUUGCAAUAUAACACAAAUUUAGCAAUCUCCUUUUAUGACCUAUUGGAGUCGGUUCACACAGGGGUGGCUUCAAAGUCACCUGAUGCUGAAGCUGCCUUGUUCAGCAUGACUUGCAAAACAACUUCUGUAUAGAAGUCAAUGCAAGCCGCUCUGAAGUCAGAACCUUUUUCCCAAGUCUGAGCAACUUGAGUCGCUCCUAAUAGAACGGUUCCAUUGUAAAGAAUGGCGGGCGACUUGUCGGGCGGCUAAGUCACCUGACAGGUCACCCCUGUGUGAACAGUGUCUUAGAGGUGGUGUUGUAGUGGCAGCAUCAUUUGCAAGUCUAGCCUUUUUUAUGUUCUCCAAAGUGUUUUGGAAUGCAAAGGUUGGCAUUCACUUGCAGCUUACACGGGUAAACCCACGCAAUGUCUGUUAGGUUUAAAUUGCUGGGACUGCAUUUUAAUGUGGUCGUGGAAAUGAAAAGUAUGACUAAGCUUUUUCAACAGGACAGCCACACUUUCUGGGGCUCAAGAGAGACCUUUGGGUAACUAUGGGACAUUUUCAGCCAAUUUGUUUUUGGGCCUUUGUCAACAGGCUUUUGUUUGUGUCAGAUGGGUCUUGCAUUCACAUACAAGUUUAUGGGAAUGCAAAACCUGGUUGAAGCAGGUCAAACGCCACCAGUCAAUCAGUUCUGUCAUCAACACAAACCCAAAGCUUCUUGACACUCAUAAGAAAAUGAGUAAGAUAUGAGGAGUUGUGAGUGGGUGCCUGCCGUGUACACAUGUGAAUAUUUAGUGGGGACUUUUUUUAAUUUUUUUUUACCAGUCUGUUUCCUAUCUGAUAACCAUCUAAUAUACCUAUUUUACUGCCGAUUUGACCAACUUUUUUUUGGACUUUGGAAUAUCCCCUGCAUUGGUGAAUUUUAGUCAUGGGUUCCUUGUAGAGCUUGUAUACUGCCAAGUUGUAAAAAAGAUAAAUGAUAAAUUCCCUUUAUGAUAUUUUUAUAUGUAAAACCAUAUAAAUUGUAGUAGAAGUGCACUGCUUCUCCUUUUAUGUAUCAUUUAAAUGAUUCAUUCACUUGUCUAGAUACAGGCACGUACUGAAGGUUGUGUACAUAAUGUAUUUUAAAUCUGGUUUCCUUUUCAUGUUCAUGGCACUUUUGUGUUUUUUGGUGCAUCUAGGGGGUAGUGUUUUAUCUGUUCAUUUUUGCCAUGUCCAUAAAGUGUCAUUUACUUUGUAAACGUUUACAAAAUCAAUAUUUUAAGUCGUAUAUAUCGGAGCUGGGCAGCCAGAGACUUGCAGGUUACCAGCAUGUUCUGCCUUUCUGCCUCUGAUGUGUAUGAUUUGCACACUGAAAGAUGUUUGCAAUGUUUAAAUCUCUUCUGAAUAGAAGCGGGCCUUCAUAUGCAGACAUCGUUGUUUUUCUCUUUUUAUUACCUAUAGUUUUUCAUAAUUUAUAUCAAUAUAUUUCUACUAAAUAAAAUAGAUUGGACUGCAAGACUUGUAUGUGUGUUGAGAUUUCCAAUAAUUUAUUUGUAAUCUAUGUAGUGUUCGAAAUGCAUUUUAUAUAUAUUUUUCCUGAUCUGCACUGUUAUUAGGACAUUGAUGCAAAUACUUUUUUUUUUUCGUAUGUCUCGGAGGAAAUGGAAAGCUAUGUGCCCUGUUAUUUCUAUUCAAGAGGAUAAACUUCCAGGUUUUACAUUCCUAAAAGGCUGUAUGUGGAAUGUGAUGUUUCAACACUUUUAUCCUUCGUUGGUUUUACCUUUUAAUGUAAUAAAGGCUAUACAGAGCUCCUGUAUUAAAUAUGAAGGGUAAUAAAAACUGUACCUUCCAA